AUGCAGGGCGGGGACCAGUCGCUCUCCAAGAGCACGUAUGGCACGUACGGCUCCAGCUUCGGUGGCAGUGUCGGCAGGCCGCCAGCAGGCUCGACGCUGACGUCGCUGCUCGCCCGCGCCAACGCCCUCAACGAUGUCGACUACGACCCCGAGCUCCCCCAGAUUCGUUUCGGCAUUGACGAGAUCGAGCGCAUGUCCGAGCACGCUGCCAACAAGGGCAAGCGUGUCCGUGGAACCAACGGCGAGGGCCAACUGCAGCGGGAGAUUGCUCAGCUGCCGGGAGAGGCUGCGGAGGCGUCUCGACCUCGCCGACGCCGGAAGGCCAACGCCAAGCUUACGCCGCUCGGAGACCUGGGACCGGCGUACGCGAUCGGAGACGCCGACGUCGGAGCGUGGGGCCGCAACUGGCACGAGAUGGUCAUUCUCUCCGGCAUCGAGGUGCAGCGCCAGAAGACGGUCAAGUCGUUCCAGAAGCAGUUUGAGAAGCGCAUCCUGUCGAACUGGGAGACGGAGAAGAGCCGCGUUCUGCAGGACGAGCUGGGAGUGACGGACGACGAGCUUGCGAAGAUGACGACUGGAAGCAGCAAGGGCAUGCGGGAAAGCGUCCUCGGCAAGAGCCGCCUCGGAAGCGGAUCAGACAUUCGCCGGUUCCCUCUUGCCACCUCGACUCUCGGCAAGAGCACGCUCGAGGCGCGCGAGGGCGGCCUUGUCAUGCACAACAAGGCGAUCAAGUACGAGAAGGUCGUCAGCGCGCUGAACGCGCACCGCUUGCGACGCGAGCCGUACGAGCUGUGUCUUGCGUUCGAGGCGGCGACCAAGGGCGACCCGAAGUACCCGCUUCUCCCGGAUGCCUUCAACAUCCUCGCGCACAUGAUGCAGGAGCCAUCCCUUCACAUCGCUUCCGGCUACGGCUCAUCUUCGGCUGCGAUCCCCGUCACUCAGCGCCAGUAUGCCAAGGCGUACCUGUCCCCGACUGGCAGCAACGCCAAGAUGCUUCUGAACGGACGGCUUGUUUCUGGCUCGCGCGCGUACCUCGAGCGUGACUUUGAGCGCUACAUGAACGACACGAUUACGAACAACCCGAAGGAGGCGGCGCUUGGAGGCAUCCCGGGGAUCACGAACAAGGUCCGCGCUUUCACGGACGUGACGCUGCGCUCGAAGGAGGCUCAGGACACGUACAAGCCCGAAACGGUGAACGGCAUCAAGCUGUGGGCGCAGGUGUACUACCUCCUGAGGGCUGGACACCCGUCCGAGGCGCUCACGCUCGUGGAGCAGAACCAGGGGAACAUCACGAAGGACGACUGGUCGUUCCCGGGAGCGUUCAAGGCGUUUUUCUCAUCGCCCGAGCGCCGCCUGCCGAAGACGGUGCGCGACCAGCUGUAUUCCGACUUCAACGCGCAUGUCCGCAAUAACCCGCAAGUCGACCAGUUCAAGUAUGCGCUCUACAAGCUUAUUGGGCGGUUCGAGCUCAGCAAGAAGAAUGUCAAGGUUGCGGGCACGACAGAAGACUGGGUGUGGUUCCAGCUGUCGCUGACGCGGGAGAACAAGGACGGCGACCCGCCGCAGGAGCAGUACGACCUCGCCGACCUCGGACGGCACGUGCUCAAGGUCGGCUCGGAUGCGUUCGACAGCAAUGGCCAACGCCCCUUCAAGUGGUUCAACCUGCUCCUCGUCACAGCUCAGUUUGAGCGUGCCGUCGGAUACCUGUACUCGAAGCCGGCGCUCAAGACGGAUGCCGUGCACUUUGCCGCCGCGAUGCAGUAUUACGGCACGCUCCGCGUGCCCGAGAUGCCGACGAGCGAGAUCCUCGUGGAGGACAACGGACCGGCGCUUAACUACGCGCGCCUGACGCAGCUUUACGUCGCGCCCUUCUACCGCGUCGAGCCCCAAGCCGCGCUGCAGUAUGCGUACCUCGUCUCGCUCGCUUCGGAUGCCCCGGCCCCGAUCGGCGGACAGCAGAAGCAGGCGGCGCUCGACCUCGUGCGCGACAUUGUCAUUGGCUCGCGACAGUGGACGAAGUUGCUCGGCAGUGUGCGCGCCGACGGCACCAAGGAAGUUGGCCCGAUCGAGCGCGACCUCGCCCUCCUCAGCCUUUCCGAUCAGGAGGACUACCUGCGCGAGGUCGUGCUUGCUGCUGCGGACCAGGCGGCGAACGACGCCUCGCUCGCCGAGUCUGUCGAGCUCUACCACCUCGCCGGCGCGUACGACAAGGUUGUCGAGGUCGUGACGCGCGCGCUCGGCCACUCGCUCUCGGGCUCGUCCUCGCACUUUGAGCGCACUUCUGCCCCCGUGUCGCUCAGCGGCGCCUUUGGCGGCGCCGCGGACCUGGAUGCGCUCGCGACGGCCGUGUACAACGUGUACGGCAGCGACAUGAUGAAGCGCGGCCGCGUCCCGGACCGGGCCUGGGACACGCUCGAGGUGCUGCUCAAGCUGCGCGCGGGGCUGGAGCAGUACGCGGCCAAGCGGCCCGACUUGGCGCUGCAGACGUUCCAGUCGACCAACCUCCUGCCGCUGGACAACGACACGGCCGGCGUGGCGCGGUACGCGCAAAACUUCCGCGAGCUCCUCGACGCCCCCGUCGUCAGCAACCUCGACACGGUCAUUGUCACGACCAUGCGAUGCCUGCACGACCUCACUGCGGCGCUCAAGGAGAGCCCCUAUGGCGACCACGGCCGCAUGCAGACCCUCGCGAGCUACAAGCACAUGGCCCAGUGUCUUAUCCAGUUUGCGAGCACGCUGAGGCUCCGUCUUGGCCCGGACGUGUACAAGCAGCUCAGCGCCAUGUCGGCGUUCUUCUAA